AUGACAAAGCUCACCUCCCUCAGCCUCGCGGCCCUCCUCCUCUACGGAGCCCACGCCUUCCCAGCCCCAUCCCAGCCCAUCUGCCGCGGCAUCGACCUCGACACCACAACCGCUAACCCCUCCAUCACCCUCACAGACCGCUCCUCCCGCACCCUCGCCGCCCGCGCCCCGCCGGCCUCCUUCACCGCCAACCCCGCCAUCGGGCCCGGCGGCUCUUCCUACCGCGACUCCGCCCACUUCCGCGUCUACGCCGCGGACCUCUCCGCCGCUGACCGCGCCCUCUCCAUGCUCGAGGGCGUCUACGCCUGCUUCGUGACCACCCUCGGCUGGCGCUCCACCGGCCUCUCCUACAACGACGCCACCGACGACGACGGGCCGUGGCAGAAGGUCAACGUCUACAGCGUCGCCUCGCUCCCCGGCGCCGCCGGGGUGAUGCACUCCGACGGCGCGGCGGGGAUGGCCUGGCUCGAGGUGCAGAACGCGUAUUUGACAGUCCCCGGCGUGACGGUGCACGAGUUCGGGCACGGGCUGCACUACCACCAGAAGACGUGGGUGAAUCAGGGGAGGACCGGGGCGUGGUGGGAGACGCUCGCGAACUGGGUUGCGGACACGUACCUCACCUCCCCGCUGUGCGCGAGCGCGAGAAGCGCGGCGGGGCAAGCGACGCCCGCGACGAGCGAGAUCGAUGUGGUCAAGACUAUUGGGGACAGUUUCCAGGUCAUCGUGGACGGGAGCGUGAACACGGGGAAUUACUACCAGGCGUGGCCGUUCCUGACGUACCUGACGAACAACCCCGAUGGCUUCGCCGGCUUGGGGAGCGAUGUGGUGAGGCAGCUGCAGGUGCGGUACGCGGCCAACUCGAACGAGACGCCGCUGCACACGCUGCAGCGGGUGAGCACGGGGGCGACGGUUGCGAGGGUUGUGGGGAAGUACUGGGCGCGGAUGGCGUACGUUGAUAUUGGGCACCGCCAGGCGCAGAGCGUGUUUCUGAGCCAGCGGAGCAGGAUCAACUAUGCCAACGUGGACUCGACGGGCAGCGGGAGUUACAGGGUGAAGGCGGCGCGGCAGCCGAGGUACAUGGGGGCGAACAUCAUCCCGCUGAAGAACCCGUCUGGUACUGUGACUGUGAGGAUCACGACGAACGGGCAGUUGACGUCGCACCUGGCGGUGAGGAACACGGGCAGCGGCGCGGUGCGGUACGUUGAGCUCAGCGGUGGGCAGAGCAGUGUGAGUGUUGCCAGCGGCGAGGAAGCGAGCUUGGUUGUGGCGAACACGCCGGCCAACUUGGUGCUGUAUGAUCCGUUCUCGUUGUCUUCGGAGGUUAACACGGGUGUGGACUACUCCUUUACCCUGUCGGGUGCAACCGCCUAG